UGAACAGGUUACAGAGCGUUAAUCGGAAGGCAAAGAAAAAGAAAAAUGGCGGUGAGAAAUUUAGCAUCUAAACUCCCAUUCCUCAAACAUCUCCGCUCCAAUUUCGCUCCCUUUUCGCCUCUUCUCUCUCAUGCCCAUUUCAUAUUCCAGAGCUCCAGGAUCGUUAGCAGCAGCACACCUCUUGCAGUCGGGAAAUGUGUGAUUGGAGGGCAAAUAUGUAAAUUUGGCGGCGUCGCAUCGUUCCAUUCGGGUCGGGUUCUGAGAAAUGCGGAGCCUGAGGUGGAGCGGGGCGGGCAAAAUGGUGCUGCUCCGGUAACGAAAAGGAAGAAAUUGAAAGGGAAGAGAGCUGUGGUGAGGUGGCUGAAGUUAUUCAGGUAUAAGAAGAAGAAAACCUUUGAAAGGAUGACUGCGGAAGAGAAAAUCCUCUACAAAUUGAUGAAGGCUCGGAGGAAAGAGGAAAGAUUACUUGAAGCCCUCAGAAAGAUCGAGCCUAAAGAGACAUCGGACACGAUGCACGACCCUGAAAUAUUGACACCCGAAGAACACUUUUACUUUUUGAAGAUGGGCGAGAAGAGCAAAAAUUAUGUCCCUGUUGGGAGACGGGGAUUGUAUCAAGGCGUUAUACUGAACAUGCACUUGCACUGGAAGAAGCAUCAGACAUUGAAGGUCAUUGUGAAGACUUUCUCCCCUCAAGAGGUGAAGGAGAUUGCCUCAGAGCUGGCGCGUUUGAGCGGUGGGAUUGUGCUCGAUAUUCAGGAAGAUAACACCAUAAUUAUGUAUAGAGGGAAGAACUAUGCCCAACCCCCGACCGAGAUAAUGUCUCCAAGGGAAACCCUUUCGAGAAAGAAGGCCUUGGAUAAAUCGAGAUAUAGGGACGCGCUGCGGGCUGUUAAGAGAUAUAUCCCAAGACUGGAGCAGGAGCUAGAGCUGCUUCAAGCUCAGGCGGGAAGUGAACCUACCACGAAUGAAGAAAAACAGGCGAAUGAUGCUGGUGAUCUAGAUUCCGGGAACCAUCCCAAUGGAGAGUUCGAAGGGUCUGCUAGGCUGAAAGAACUAUUGACUAAAAGUGAAGAAAAUGGAGCCAAUUCGAGCGUACACAUGGAUAUGGUUUCAGAUUCUGAAGAUCUGUCUGAUAUUUUUGAGUCGGAGUCGGACGCGGAGACAGAAGGGAAAGAUGUAAAGCCUCUUUACAUGGAUGAGUUUGAAAAGUUUCCGGUGCAGAGUGAGGGAGAGGACGACGAUUUCGAAGAACAUUUGCGCCAAAUAUCUGCUGAUAUGAAAAAGGGCAAAUCGCUCAACCGAGACGUAGAGGCAGAGGAUCUCGAUGAGGUUGAUCGAAUGGUUCUACGAGCUGCUUCACUCUUGAAAAAAAAGAGGAAAUGAUCGCACAAGAGACUAAGGGUAUAUUUGAUAGGGUAGAGUAGGGUCUUAUCUGUAAUCUGUCGUAAUCUUGAAAGCUCGUGAGAUUGCCCAAGCCCAUGCUCAAAACACAUUUUUAGCCAGAUUAGCUAUCAUACCAUUACCCUGCGAUAGCUAAUCUGGCCUUUUCACUGUUCAUCGAGAAUAACUUCAUUUUGCUCGACUUGCCCUCACUCAUUCUUCUUCUCUCUCGCCGUCUGCAACCAGGAAAGAAAAACCCUUCCCCUUUUCUCUUUCUUAACUCAUUUCCAUUGCUUCUGCAAUUGAAGUCUUUGCUAUGGCUUGCUCAAUUUCUACAGAAAGUUCAUUAUUUUCUUCUAAAUAGUAUAAAUACCACUCUUCCUCUUUCCCAUCUUGUACAAAACUUAAUUUUUUCGAAAAGGAAAUUGAGAGAUUGUCUGCAAAAGAAUCUCUGCUUCUUCCGUACGAUAACGAUUCUGAUUAGUUUUCUCAUUUUUGUUGAAAUUUGAAGUGUUUGGUGAUUUCUUGAGAAUAUUUUGUGAGGUAGAUUCUUGAUGAUUGGAGAUUUUCUCCAAUGGGACGAUUGAUUCUUGGAAUUUUGUUCGGAGUUCUUUGAAUUCUGACACCACAGAAUUGUCGUCAUCUUCUUGAUCUAUCCAGCUAGACUUUUUCCUGGAUUUGGUGCCAAGGGCACUUAAUCUGGGAUUUUGGAAUGAAGGGGCUUCUUCAUAGACUUGUUCUUAGGGGAUGCUUGUUUGUUCAGAUCUGAGAUUUUCUUGGUUGGAAAGCGUCGAAUUUAGUGAGAUUUUUCCGGUGGUGGAGUUUGAUGAUUAUGUGUCCUUGAUGAGUUAGUUUUGUACUUGGAUGAAUUAGAUGGGACAUUGGUGAUCACUUUGGUCUGAUUCUUGGAUGACAAUGAAGUAGGUUUAAUGAGUUUGGUUUGGUUUGGUUUGGUUUGGUUUUGGUGGAGAUUUAGUGAUGGAUAUGGACCUUUGUCUUGAUGAGGCAAGUCUUGAUCAUCUUCAGACAGUAAGCUAGCUUCGUGGCUGGGCAGAAACGAGUGAAGAAGUGACGGAAAGAAGAUGCCAAUGCUGGCUGGCUCUGAUGUUUGUUGAGUGCGGCUGUGCUCAUUGGGGACGUGGGAGAGAUUUGGAGAGUUGUGAUGGUGAAUUAUGAUGUAAAUUGGAAAUGGGAGAAAGUGAGAGGUGUGAAGAGGAUGAGUAAGGAAGGAGGGUGGAGUAUGUGACUGUGGAAGGGUUCGAGGAUAUAGAUGAUUAAUAUGCAGUGAGUGAUUGGAUUUUCUUUACUUCCAUUGAUGAAGUAUUGAGGCAUAUAGAUGAUUUGCAGAGGCAAAUGGUCACAACUCAAGUGGACAUUGGUUUGUAAACUACUAGUUGAUAUAAUCAUGAUGCAGAAAUUUUAUCAUGCAUCACUUGUUAAUAAUGUAGGUUUUGGUAUCAAAUUCGUGGAUUUGGAUAAUUUUACUCGUGAUCAAUUAGUUUUCGUGGUA